AUGCUAACGCAAGGAAAUCAGACAUGGAACGAUCCAUUUGGAGGAUUGUAUAACGUUAUAAUGAGUCGCAAAGUAUAAGACAACCAAAGAAUCUAGUGAUAGCUCCUGUUCCAAUCAAGCACAUCUUCCAUACAGACUGAAGACAGCCACAAACCCCAUUUCCACUUAUACGCAUAUAGUCAUGGCACCCACCUCGUCUUUCAACCCACCCGCGGCUGAUCUUCCGGGCAAGCCAGUUGUGCCCGAGUGGAACGCGCCCCCAGUCACUCAGGAGAAGCACAACUUCGCCGAGCUCAGUUCCAUUGACUUGUCUUUGCUCGACUCCGAUGACCCAGCCGUCGUUGACCAGCUGGUGCAGCGCGUUAAGUCUGCCAUCCGCGAUGAUGGCUUCCUCUUUCUCGAGAACUAUGGCAUCUCCCUAGAGCAACUUCAUCGCCAAUUCGCCAUCGCGCAAUACAUGUACAACAACAUCACCGAAGAGGACAAACAACGUCUACUCUUCAGCCCAGAGACCGGUGUCUGGUCUGGUUACAAGCAUCCCUAUGGCUUCAAGCGCCACCGCGGACCCCCUGAUGGCAUCGAGCAGUUCAACUGGUACAAGCCCGACUGGGAAGAUUCAAGCCGAGUCCCCAACUGUCUGCACCCAUUCAUGGACGAGAUCGAGGCCUUCUGCAACUACCUGACCAACUCAGUAAACCGCCGACUCCUCACUCUCUUUUCGCGUGUUCUUGAACUGCCCGACGAAUACCUCUGGGAGAACGUUCAGUCUCACGGCAGCCCGACCGGCGAGGGCUACUUCCGACAUGCCCUGUUCCGACCGGUCCAGAAAGAGACGGAAGAGGCAUCGAAAGGUCUUCGCAUGCACGGACACACAGACUUCGGUCUGACGACACUAUUGUUCUCCGUGCCCAUCUCCUGUCUGCAGAUCUGGGGCCGAGACGAGAAGUGGUACUACGUGCCGUACAAGCCCGGUGCGCUGGUCAUCAACAUCGGCGAUACUCUGGAGAUCGUCUCUGGCGGUCACUUCAAGGCCACCCGCCACCGAGUCUUCAAGCCGCCUGUGGACCAGCUCCAAUCCGAGCGCCUGUCUCUGGUCUUGUUCAACAGCUCGGUCGGCGAUCUGCAGAUGUCGCCCGCAUACAACUCGCCUCUGAUCCAGCGCGAGGGUUGCAUCGAGGAACAAGGUAUCUACAAGGAGUACAAGAAGACCAUGUCCGGUGGUGCUCCCGUACCAACAAACAAACAAUGGCGCGAGAUCCAGAUAGCCACGGCCACCGACCCGACAGAUACCGAACACAACCGAGUUGGUGUACAUCAGGUCAUCAUUGAUGGCAAACUCAUGCACCAAAGGGAAUACAUGGGAAUGAAGGUUGUCCUGCCCGUGUAAGCAAUAUGGCAGCGACCACCGGUCAGCCUCGUUGUGGGUGCAUGUCAAGAUAGAUUUUCAUGUUUUCUGAAAUUAC